CAUGUAUGCGGAACCCCCAUACAUAUGUGUAGGAUCAAUCAAUAUGUACCGUCCAGUGGUUUUGCUAAGCUUCUUUCUUCUCUCAGUUACAUCGGCCUGUCAAUACAACAGCCAAAUAAAAUGUGAGCUCACCAACGGCACAGUCGUCUUCCUGGACAGUUCCUCGUUCUGUUGUGAUGGCCAGGUUUUACUCAAAUAUUUGGAUGGAAAGCAGCAAUGCUGUUGUCAAGACAGUAUAGCUACUGAAAAGCAGGAGGUCUAUGACCCUGAGCAGCAUAUCUGUUGCAAUGGAAGAAAGUUUCCCAGACAAAACACUCUAGGACAACAACAAGCGUGCUGUGAAUCCAAAGUGUUUGUGCUUACAAGGAGCAAUCUCUGCUGUGUUCCUCAGCCAUACGAAGACCAUCCGACAGCCGUCCUAUAUAACUCAUAUGUUGGGGAAAAUGAUACGUGCUGUGGGAAUGUGAAAUAUGACAAAAACACCAAAAUCUGCUGUACCGAUACCAGCUACAACUAUACGCUUUAUGAUAACGAUCCUAAUAAGAUAUGCUGUGGAAGAAAAUACAUCCCCCAUGCCACUCACGUAUGUAAAAUGAAUCAGAAAACAGGACAAGCCACAUCAAUGUUAAAAUUUAUUUCAUCCUGCGGAAAUACAGACAUUGACAAUCGCAAAGACCUGUGCUGUAAUGGGCACCCACAUCUUAAUGUGGUGCCGAUCUCUUCCUAUUCCUGCUGUGGGAAUGGAACAUAUAAUAUCAAUAUACACAGUUGCUGCAACAAUGCCCACGCGAUUCCAAAAAACAUGGAAUGCUGUGGAUCCAAUCCUAAUGGAUACAAUUCCAGAACCCAUCGCUGCUGUAAUGGCGUCUCAUUGGAGAUCUCGCGUGAUUCAGACCAAUGUUGUGGAGGCGGUAUCAUAGACCUCGAGACUCAAAACUGCUGCAAUGGACAAACAUAUGACAAAUCAACAUUCAAAAUCUGUAGAGACUCCAACAACAGGUGUAGUGCAGCUAGGAUAACAGAUGAGUGUUGUGGAUGGGAGGCGCUGGACCACACCUCCGUCUGCUGUAAAGCUGGAACGAAUUACGACUACCAAUAUUUCCAAACUCAGAAGGAACGGAGCUCCCAAAACAAAUGUUGUGCCAGUUACUCCAAAAGUAGCACAGAAGCUAAACCGUACUCAGAUCAAACAGAGGAGUGCCAGCGGGGACUCAAACCAAAUGUGACCAAGAAACUCAACCAGCUGAGAUGUGGAAGUACAUACUAUGACCAAAACACUGAUCUGUGCUGUUUCAACAUCUUGUACAUCAAUGCAACACUCCAUGGCCAAAUGUGUUGUCAGCACAAUGUCUUCAAUCCAGCAACACAGAGCUGUUGUAAGGAUAACAGAGUCUACAAUUCUACUAGCUGCCCAAGGUUUUGUAAGUCUAGACAAUAUAGCCCUGUCAGCCAAAUCUGCUGUGGAGGCCAUGUUCAUGCUAAUCUACCUGGGAGAAAGUGCUGCGGCAAACAGACUUUCGAUCCCCGUGAACAGAGAUGUUGUGGUUCGAAAGCAGUGAACAAGCCAAAAAAAUGCCGUAAACCUAAUCACCCUAUAUGUAAAUGGCUCUGUGAACAGGAUGAAAAGAAAAUUAGACGUAACAUCAGGACUGGAAAAAUUGAUAUAUGUAAAACCAAUGGAUAUGUUGCAAGGAUUGGUCAGAAAAACAAUAUCAGGCAGGUGACACGAAUACAACUUGAAGGUGGAGGAUUCAGACUCUACAAUCAUAAUCAAAAUCCAUUUAAAGUCAAGAAACUGUUUCAUCACACUUGUGUUUGUGAUAAAGAACCCAGAGAGGAGGUCCGACGGAAAAUUGUGGUCAUUACAGACAAAUCAAUACGAGACAUAAAAGUAGAGCUUACAGAUAGUGAUUAUAUUCUACCUUACACUAACAAAGUGAGAAAGACAUUGAUGAAACACUGGAAAGAACGAUGCGCCACUCCAACUAGUCUAGUCACUGCUGAUGUUGUGGAUGAAAUUUUUGACUUCAUUAAGGUGAAACUUGAUAAACAACGAAUAGCAAGAUUCUAUGAAUAAGCUGAAACAAAUGGCUUUCUGAUCUUUGUUUUUUGGGGGUUUUUUUUGUUGUUUUUUUCAUUGAUACAAGGUUAUUUUCCAAAAAAGCAAAACAGUAAAAUAUUCAUUAUCAACAGAGGUAGUAAAAAUUCAAUUCUCUUUCAUUAAGAAAUUGAAUCUCAAAAUGUAGCCUUAAUACAGCUGAUGAUGGUAGCUUAAAAUACUCACUGAAAAAUGCAUAUGUAUAGGGCAAGAAUAUAUAGUUUCCGUUUAAGUGCCAAUGGAUUCUCAAAACCAAUUAACAGUAUUAUUGUUGGAACUUCACUGCCAGAAGAUGGCUUUUUGAUGAAGUAGAAUAAUAACAUAGAAAAGUAAACAUUUAAAAGAAACAAAGAUUGUGUCGAAACAUUAUUAUUUUCAAUACUAUGGUACUGUAAAAAAUGUUUUCAUUUUUUAUUUUUCCCAUUAAGCAUUGCCAUCCACAUACACAUUGUAUAUUGAAAUACCACUGCAAAAUACGUAAGUUUGGAAAUAACACCAAAUGAUUGUAAAAGAAUGCAAUACAGUUUGGAGAAUGACAAUGUUUGACCAAUAUGAUACAUGGGUAUUAAUCUGGGUACCUCAUUAACAGUGUACAACAGAACCAUAAAAUAGCCUUCAGUACCUAUAAAACCCAUGGCUCCUGCUCUCAUAGUCCUCUCUCCACCUUUGGACUAUUAUAUAUACGAGGCCCUAUGAAAAUGAAAGAGAAACUACACCUGAAUCAAACGUGAUCAGUUUAACCUAUGUUAUACAUUUAUCAUGAUUCCUUUUAUCUUGUAUAGAGACCAUAUUUAACACUAUACACAAGGCCACAUGAUCUCAUCCUAUGGGUUUUUAAAAGUUAACUUCUACAAUCUAGGACCUUAAAAGAGAUUCUAAGAUUUGGAACUGUUCAUGUUAAUUUCCUGAGAUGCAGUGGGCAAUCAUAUACCUAUAACAUGAAACGGAAUGCAAUUUAGAUCUGAAAUCUUUAGCUCUCCAGGAGUGGAAGAAACUCUGAAAUCUUUAGCUCUCCAGGUGAGAAAGAAACACGUACUUAAGCAUGCUCUCAUCACAAGAGAACCAAGAUAUUUAUUAGUUUUAGAAGUGGAAUGGUACUGUAGUUAUAUAUGCCGUGGGUUGGGAAACCUUGGAUUGUGGAGAGAAACUAACACAUGAGGGUAUAUAGUUCACAUAAAAUGUAUAGCCCCUAACAACAGGAUGGUUUACUUAGAUAUUCAGAAAAUUUUCAUCCUAUCUCACCUCAUCAUUUAUUUAUUACAUGUUUGGAAACAAAAAUCCACCUUUUUAAUCUCAUUUUUGUUUUAGUCACUUCUCAUGUUAAACAUGUCAAAAAUAAUUUAUUUUGUUUAUUGCAAUUCUGUACAUUUUCACUUUGAAAAUUGUAAUAUUUUAAAAAAUACCUUAGAAAGAAUAUUUUACAUAAAAUGCAUUAUGCAGCAUAUAGUUUCAUAUUUGAUAUUUAUGUACAUUGUAUGUGGCUAUUACUGUAUGUACUCCAUUUGUAUGUAUAUCGUGCGAGUAUCUGUAUGUAACUCAAUACUGUCUGAGAUCAGAAGUUGUGUACAUGGAAUUAUUGUCUCUAUAGGGUUGAUCUCUUAAAGCCAGUAAAGCUUUAUAAAAGUAUAUAACUCACAGUGCCUGGUAGCCUGUAGCCUGUAUAUUAACUGAGGGUGUAAGAUUGUGCAACUGUAGCAAUAUUACCAUCUAUCAUUUAAUCUGAACAAUAAACUAAUUAACAUAU